AGCAGGACCAUAGUCACCGGUGAGCCGCAGCUGCAGCCCAGCCCCGGGGGAGGGAGGAGGGGCCGAGGGGGACUUGGGUGCCGCAGUUCCGCGGGCCACCGCCCCCGUCGGCCGCGCAGCUGGGAGGAUGCGGACGGCAGCGAGAGCGUGCGCGGCCACGUGACGGCCGCUAUAAGAGCGCACGGGGCAGACGCUCGGCUCCCGCGGUGCCUCCUCGCUGGCCGCGCUCCUUCCCGGUGCCGGCUUCUCUGAGCCACCAACCUGCGGCUGCCCCGGCCGCCUGCGCCCCCGGCAGCACCAUGACAGAUCAGGCCUUUGUGACACUGACCACAAACGAUGCCUACGCCAAAGGUGCCCUAGUCUUGGGCUCAUCUCUGAAACAGCACAGGACCACCAGGAAGCUGGUCGUGCUUGCCACCCCACAGGUCUCAGACUCCAUGAGAAAAGUUUUAGAGACAGUCUUUGAUGAAGUCAUCGUGGUAGAUGUCUUGGACAGUGGCGAUUCUGCUCAUCUAACCUUAAUGAAGAGGCCAGAGUUGGGUGUCACGCUGACAAAGCUCCACUGCUGGUCACUUACACAGUAUUCAAAAUGUGUAUUCAUGGAUGCAGAUACUCUGGUCCUAGCAAAUAUUGACGAUCUUUUUGAGAGAGAAGAAUUGUCAGCAGCACCAGACCCAGGGUGGCCUGACUGCUUUAAUUCUGGAGUUUUCGUUUAUCAGCCUUCAGUUGAAACAUAUAAUCAGCUGUUGCAUCUUGCUUCUGAGCAAGGUAGUUUUGAUGGAAACAAACAGGUCCAGUUUCUGAUCAAUACUGUGGUGUCUCCAUGGUUACAAGGUGGGGACCAAGGCAUACUGAACACGUUUUUUAGCAGCUGGGCAACAACAGAUAUCAGAAAACACCUGCCGUUUAUUUAUAACCUAAGCAGCAUCUCUAUAUAUUCCUACCUCCCAGCAUUUAAAGUGUUUGGUGCAAGUGCGAAAGUUGUGCAUUUCCUGGGAAGAGUCAAACCAUGGAAUUAUACUUACGAUCCCAAAACAAAAAGUGUCAAAAGUGAGUCCCAUGAUCCCAACAUGACUCAUCCAGAGUUUCUUAUCUUGUGGUGGAACAUCUUUACCACCAACGUUUUACCUCUGCUUCAACAAUUUGGCCUUGUCAAAGACACCUGCUCAUAUGUAAAUGUGCUUUCAGACUUGGUCUAUACACUGGCUUUCUCUUGUGGCUUCUGUAGAAAGGAAGAUGUCUCAGGAGCCAUAUCACAUCUGUCCCUUGGGGAGAUCCCAGCUAUGGCACAGCCUUUUGUAUCCUCGGAAGAACGGAAGGAGCGGUGGGAACAAGGCCAGGCCGAUUAUAUGGGAGCAGAUUCCUUUGACAACAUCAAGAGGAAACUUGACACUUACCUCCAGUAGAAACACUGCAUUUUCCUGUGAACACAUCCACUUCACAAGCCUUCUUUCUGAUACUUAGUAUCUAGAGCUGGGUUGAGAAAAGUCUGUUACAUUUGCUAGAGUUUUCACUAAAACUUAUCAGAUGAGAGCUUUUUGUGUGAGAACUGGGCAAAAGUUGUAAAGCAGCAGUUCUGUUAUAUGGACAGUGUUCUGCUUUUUAAUCCUAUUUAGCUUGUUUCAGAAAUUCUUACUUUUGUUGACUGCCAACAUACGAAGUAAGGGAAACUCAAUAUUAAGCUAUUAAAAUGGCUGUAUCAUUUAUUAAAAUCUGCAGAGCCUGGUUCCAAAUCAGUCACUCCCUUCAGAAGCAGACAUGGCAUCUGUUCCUUGCUUGCUUGUUGGUUGUGCCUACCUUUCACUAGAACUGCAUUUUAGAAUUGCCCAGUGCUGCCAGAAUGAGUGAUUGUAAUUCUGCUUUCAGGUAAAGAUGGCCUAUAUUAACACUGCUGAGUGAUUCAUAAACUAUCAACAAAUAGCAUUAACCCAUUUUAUUUCCUGGUCUUAGCAUCUGAAGAUGUUCACCAGUUUUCUAUGUACAGUAAGGCAGCAUGCUAAAAUGCUUUUGUUCAGUUCUGUAUAUUUGAAAAUAGCAGUGUAUUCUCUGAUGGUUACCUGCAAUGGCACCUUGUAUGGAAAAUAAAGACUUAUAGUCGUA